GAAGGCUGGUGCUCAGAACCAGGAAGCGUCAACCUAAGCUUCACACUGCACUGCAACUUGGCAUUUACAGUGGAGAAGAGCCUCAUAAAGAGUAGGACAUUGAAGUAGCGAGUUUGCUUAGCUGUUAUCAAAGUUUUGAAGUUCUACUGUGGCUAAAGACUUCAUAGAGUACUUAGAAUACCAAGCUUUCUGGGCCAGAAAUCGAUCUGCUGACUUUUGACUCCUAUCUGAUUACUGCUUGGUCCACCUUUAUUUUGCUCAAGUAUCUGCAGGUUGAACCCAGAGCCGCUCCGCUCCUUUGCAGAGCCUGACCAGACAGGAGUUCUGGCAGCUGCUCCAGCAGAACUAUGGCACGGAGCUAGGCUUAAACGCCGAAGAAAUGGAACACUUGUUAUCGAUUGAAGAAAAUGUGCAGCCAAGAAGCCCAGGAAGAAGCAGCGUGGAUGACUCUGGGGAAAGAGACGAGAAGUUCUCCAAGGCCAUCAGCUUUCCACAGGAGUCAAUUAGCAGAACUUCAGAAGCAGAGUCAUUGGACGGGAACUCACCAAACAGAGGAUUAGGAAGAGAGGAGUCCCAGAGUGAGAGACAUGUGAGAAAAAGUCCUUUGCUAGCUUCAGAAAAGAGGUUAAGCAGAGCGCCUUCCAAGUCACUGGAUUUGAAUAAGAAUGAGUACCUUUCUUUGGACAAAAGCAGCACUUCAGACUCUGUGGAUGAAGAAAAUAUUCCCGAGAAAGAUCUCCAAGGAAGACUUUACAUCAACCGUGUCUUCCACAUCAGUGCUGAGAGGAUGUUCGAGCUGCUCUUCACUAGCUCACACUUUAUGCAGAGAUUUGCUAAUUCUAGAAAUAUAAUAGAUGUGGUGUCUACCCCCUGGACGGUUGAAUCUGGGGGCAAUCAGCUGAGAACCAUGACCUACACCAUUGUCCUCAGCAACCCGCUUACCGGGAAAUGUACUGCUGCCACGGAAAAGCAGACACUGUAUAAAGAGAGCCGGGAAGCUCAGUUUUAUCUAGUCGAUUCAGAGGUGUUGACACACGAUGUCCCCUAUCACGACUACUUCUACACGUUGAAUAGAUACUGCAUUGUGCGAUCUGCAAAACAGAGAUGCAGGCUGAGAGUCUCCACAGACUUGAAAUACAGGAAGCAACCAUGGGGCCUUAUCAAGUCUUUAAUUGAGAAGAAUUCCUGGAGUUCACUGGAGAACUAUUUCAAAAAGCUUGAAUCCGACUUGUUAAUGGAAGAGUCUCUGUUGAGUCAAUCCAUUGAAGAUGCUGGAAAACCUAGCAGCCUACGCCGGAGAAGGCGGACCUUGAAUCGGACGGCAGAGCCGGUUCCAAAGCUGUGCUCUCCACACUCUUCUACAGAUCUGGGCUUCGAGACCAAAGUCGAUAUUACAGGAAAGAGAAAGACCGUGGACAGUUGUGACACUGCCCUUAUCGUGGUGAUGAGUGUGUUUUUACUGCUGCUGGUUCUGCUGAAUGUGACGCUGUUUCUGAAGUUGUCAAAGAUAGAACAGGCCACCCAGUCCUUCUACCAGCUUCACCUCCAAGGAGAGAAAUCUUUGAAUUUAGUCUCUGACAGGUUCUCAAGAACAGAAAAUAUUCAAAAGAACAAGGAUCAGGCUCACCGUUUAAAAGGAGUCCUCCAAGAUUCCAUAGUGAUGCUGGAACAGCUGAAGAGCUCACUCAUUAUGCUUCAAAAAACUUUUGAUUUACUAAAUAAGAACAAGUCUGGGGUGGCUGUGGAGACCUAGUGCUGAAACGUGGAAAUCAAAGAGACAUCUGGACCUAGAAGGCAACAUCUGGAAGGAACCGGAGGAUGAAGACUGUCACCGUCAUAAGGACAUCUCUGAUAUUUUUAUUACCUGGCUUUCUACUAGGAAAGCUGUAUUUAAAUAACAUUUACCCAAUGAUUACUCUCCAGUAGCCUUAAGACUCUAUCUUUUCACUUCCUAUAGAUAUUUUUAAGCUGUGAAUUUCUCCAGUAAACCAUGAAAUAUAUUUUGGAAUUAAAAUUCUGUGACACAAAAGGGGAGGGAAGGCACCUUGGGUAGGGGGGCUGCUCUUCCACAGUGAGGCUUGCUACCCGAUCCUUUACAUUUAGGUUAGCACAGAGUCCCUGUGUGCCCAGGGGGCUGUGUUCACAGCUGAGGCUGAGAGCCUAAAAAGGUAAGAAUAAACUCCUCAAUCAUUUGUCACCUUAAAGGAUCGUUCUCCAAGUGUCUGCAUUCCAGGUUUGAAUCUUUAAAUUGUACAGUGUCUUCACUGACUUGGCUUCAAGGCCAGUGGUCAGACCUUUUGUUUGUCCAAAAGAGUCAUUGGCCAUGUUGUAUCUGAAUGAAGGAACAUAUAUGUACGUAUACACACAUAUGCACAUGUAAUAUAUACAUGUGUGUAUGUAUGUAUAUGUACCAAAGGUAAAAUUAUCCUCCAUAUAUCCAAAAGACUAAACAGUAAUUUAGGAGAAGGAAGUAUAUAGGCUAUUAAUGCUCACAAUGAACUAUUUUCAAUUUUAGAAGCCGUAAGAUUAUUAUAAAAUCUGAGCAUUUUAUGAUGAAUCAAACCGAGUCCAUGAAUCAUGCUUGGAUUCAUGUUAGCAAUGCCCAUGAUGGAAGUGACCCGUGGAUGGAAAAUAAUUCAUCCCUUUUCAGUAGCAGCUACAUACAGUGUCAUUCUUUACAUAUGUGUGUAGCUUGUCUUGCUGACAAAUUCUAAGCUGGACACAAACUUGCACUCGCAAUAAAGACUGGGCACUUGCAGCUGACUGGGGUUGAGAGGCACACGCUUGGGCUCUCAGGAAAGCUGCCAGGACUUUGUCAGUACCAGUGGCUUGUGAAAAUAAAGACUUUAUGACUUGACUUGAAAUUAGCACCGUCCCCCAUGUUCAGGGCAUAUUUAUUGUUUUGUUCUCUAGAGGUCUUUCUAGAACACGCACAUAAAUUUAUUGUUUUUGAAAAUCCAUUGCCUUUCGUCAAUGUUUCCUUUCCCUCAAUGUCACCAAAGCCAAAUAUCAUUGCUAACAACAUUUUUGAGAACCCUGUAGGGAAUACAAAUACUGGCUAAAGGGAAGGGUUUCUCUUCAUGAAUCCUAAUUUCCCUGGGGAAGUGGGCUUCAGAGUAAUACCUCCUGUUUUGUUUUGUUUGUUUGUUUUUGGUAAGAACAUAGGAAGUCUCUGGCUGUGAGUUUGAGUGACUGGAUUAGAAACUUCAAAUUGUUAAAUUUAGAAAAAUGGUAACUGUCCAAGUGAAUGUUUUUGUGGUUUCUCUUAAAGCACUUCACCAUAUACCUCAAAGAUUACCAAUGUCACUUUGUAGAUAAAAUACUAAAUAUGUACAUAGAAUUAAUGAGAUCUUAAUCUGUUAUGUAUAGUUUGACUUCAAUAAAACCCAAAAUGUCUAA